AUGGCGACAACUGCAUCUUCCUCGACUUCCAUCAAUGGACAGGCUGGGCCGAGCAAGAGCAGUAGCGCCACGGGGGGUGGCACCCCCCUUUUGACCCCUUCCGAGGAUGGACUCACGAAGCAGGCAGGCAACGGCACCUCACACACGUUGGGAUCUGCAAAUGGGUUAUCUCAGUCUCCAUACUUCAACCAUGAUGUAUCCAUUAUAAAUCAUUUAUACGAAUUUGGGUUCCAGGCCGGUAACUACGCGGACACCAUCCUUCAUGUUCAACAACAAUCAUAUCGGCUCCAUGCGCUCAUCCUCUCCCGCUCUCCAUACCUUGUUCAUUUAAUGUCAACAUCGCCACAGUCAGGGAGUAUGCGUGUGAUUUAUGUAGACCUUGAACACGACCCAGAAGUCACACAGGAAGGCUUUUUCGUAGCUCUGGGAUACCUCUACUCUGCCGCUGCAUUGAAGCUACUACGCCCUGAAAAUGCCCGAGGAGUUCUCGCAGCCGCAUGUCUGCUGGGUAGAAUGGAUGAUUUAUGCUCCUAUGCUUACGAGGCCUGCCAACAAUCCAUUACCGUCGAAACGAUAAACGGCUGGCUGGACUUCGUCGAGACCAUACCCUCAUCUACGGACGGAACUACAACACCUGAAAAUCUGCCAGCACCCACCCUUUUCGGGUACUAUGCCCAGCGACUACGUGACGACGUCCUACACUUCCUCGUCGUCACCCUUCCUUCGGUCCUCCAGAUCCACGAUACGUCACCACAGAGUAACGGAAGAAAUACUUUGCUCCAGAUAUUUUCUCGGGUGCCUUUCAAUCUCUUCAAGACUGCCGUCGAGUCGUCCACGUUUCAAAUCGGAUCCGACCAGGCUCGAUUCAAGUUCGCAAAAGAAGCCAUCGAAUUGCGGAAACGAGGCAUCGCGAAAGGAGCCGGUGCAGAGGAGACAGUCGUACUUGCAUUCGGAGGGGGAGCUCCCGGCGCCAGUGCCGUACACAUUACUCGAAAGGGGCGGAAGCGGCCUCUGUGGAAGGUCAGCUCUUGA